AUGUGGGGGACGGCUGCUCUGUUCUUCUCCAUUGUAACUUCGGUUUACACUGCCAGAUGGAUUGUUACGGCCCGUGUUGGUGACCGCGUGGAACUUGAUCUUGCACCUGGUGUUGUAACAUGGAAAAGACACAGAAGUGGUCACCCGGAUGAAUACAUUAAAUACUGUGACCCAGUUGAUAAGAGAGCUAUAUGCGAUCAAUUUGUCACAGCGAACAACAGAGUGAGAUUUCCUAUAACCAAUGGACGUGUACUCAGUAGCGGCGUACUUGUUAUCUAUUCGUACAAGCCAAGUGAUGCUGGUUUUUACUCAUCUCCUGAUCACGAGAUGGAAGAGACAAUACAUCCAGAUGGCGUGGCCACUCGUCUUGCUGGUCCACAGAUUGAACUUAAGACUAUCGGAGAAGAAAAGUUGGUGAUCAUCCGUCCGGAAUAA